AUGGCCAAAAGUGGAGAGGCCCCGCCACAAGGCAGCCCAGCACCAGUCCAGGAUUCCCAUUUCAUCAAGGUGACAGUGAAGACGCCCAAGGACAAGGAGGAUUUCUCAGUUACAGACACUUGUACCAUCCAGCAGCUGAAGGAAGAGAUCUCUCAACGCUUUAAGGCUCACCCUGAUCAGCUGGUCCUAAUCUUUGCUGGCAAAAUCCUCAAGGACCCCGACUCACUGGCACAGUGUGGAGUGCGAGAUGGCCUCACUGUUCACCUGGUCAUCAAGAUGCAGCGCCGUACCAUGGGCACUGAGUGCCCAGCUGCUCCAGUCCCUACCUCAGCCCCAAGCCCGGGGUCUCUCCCUCAGCCCAGCUCCAUUUACCCAGCAGAUGGGCCACCCACCUUUAGCUUAGGUGUCCUCACGGGCCUCACUGGGCUGGGUCUGACCUCUGGUAGUUUCCCUGACCAGCCAAGCUCACUGAUGUGGCAGCAUGUAUCUGUGCCUGAGUUUGUAGCUCAGGUCAUUGAUGACCCCUUUGUCCAGGGUCUUCUGUCCAACACAGGCCUGGUGCGCCAGCUGGUUCUUGACAACCCCCAUAUGCAGCAGCUGAUCCAGCACAACCCUGAGAUUGGGCAUAUUCUCAACAACCCUGAAAUCAUGCGGCAGACACUGGAGUUUCUACGUAACCCUGCCAUGAUGCAAGAGAUGAUGCGUAGUCAGGACCGGGCGCUCAGUAACCUGGAGAGCAUCCCUGGUGGCUACAAUGUGCUUCGGACCAUGUACACAGAUAUUAUGGACCCAAUGCUUAAUGCAGUACAGGAGCAGUUUGGUGGCAAUCCCUUUGCUGCUACCACUACCGCUAAUGCUACCACCAACAGCAGCCAACCUUCAAGGACAGAGAAUUGUGACCCUCUUCCCAACCCCUGGGCUUCCACAUAUGGAGGCUCAGGUGGCAGACGAGGCAGGCAGCCUGGGGACCAGGAUGUAUCUGAAAUAAGAAACAGGGUUCCCAACAUUCUAGGUAGUAUAGGGCUCUAUGACUAUCUCCAGCAAUUACAUGAGGCUCCACAGUCCCUAGGAACCUACCUGCAGGGGAUCGCCUCCACCCUCAGCCCAAGCCAAGAAGCUCCACCACCAGGAAACCGAGUUCCCCCAACUUCACCUUCAUCCCAGAAACCUGAGUCAGGCCAACCGCUCCCCAAGGAGUCGGUAACGAUCAAAGGAAAGUCCUCCUCCCCAGGGUUCCUGAGAUACCCCACAGAGGGUAGUGCCAGACAAAACAGAAGCCAAGAUGGCACAGGGAAUGGCUCCACUGGGCCCAACACCAGCAUGCCUGAUCUUGUCUCAGGGUUGGGGGUUGCUGCCAACAGGGCGCCAUUUGUUUCUUCACCACCUUCCCCCAUGGCGGCUACCCCUGGAAUCCCUGAGCAUGCCUGGCUGCCACCACCUCUGAGGCCAGCCAGCAUGAAUCAGGCCCCACAGUUGCAUGAGGAGAUGCGCCAGCAGCUGCCACUGCUGCUGCACCUUCAGGCAGCCAUGGCAAACCCUCGUGCCAUGCGUGCCCUGCUGCAGAUUGAGCAGGGGCUUCAGGUUCUGGCUACUGAAGCACCUCACCUCCUACUCUGGUUCAUGCCUUGCUUAGCAGGGCUAGGAAAUAUGGCAGGAGGUACAGAGCCUAGAGAGGGUGCCUUUGUGCCUGAGGAUCCUCCCCCAACCCCAACUCCUGAGGUUCCCCCAGCACAGGGCUCUGUGGAGCUAGGCCUCCAUUCCACUCCCCUCCUCCAGAUACUGCAAGCCUUAGCGAGUGCCAAUUCUCCUCAGCUACAGCCCGAGACUCACUUUCGGGUGCAGCUAGAACGACUGAGGGCCAUGGGCUUUCUGAAUCCAGAAGCCAAUCUCCAGGCUCUCAUUGCCACAGGGGGCGACGUGGAUGCUGCGGUGGAGAAGCUGAGGCAGUCGUAG